AAAACAGCCUUAUAGAAACUAAUAGAAAUAAACAACCAUUCUGAAAAGGAAUCACUAACUCCAACACACAGACAGAGACGAGAAUAAAAAAAGCCAUUAAAACCAAGAUAACUGGAAAACCUGCUUUGAAGAAGUAUGAAGGCUCACCUUGAGAUGAACAUCUACUUGAAUUCGUUUUCAAAAAGUUUGACAAACGUCCAAGACGAAUAACUGUACUACGGCGUGCAGACCCCGUAGACUUUCGCCAGAGCUUCCCAAAAAUGGUAAAGAUGAAUCUUCAUUAUCUUGAAAAGAUAUAUAGUUCUUGAGAUCUUGACGAUUUGGGAAUAUAUAUAUUAUAUAUGUUUGUGUAUGAGUGUGUGUGUUGACUGAAUUCAUUUACAGUUUUCUUACCUGUUUUUCGUUUUGACCAAUCUCAGCCUCCUUAAAAUUAAGAAUAUUCCGCUGUAAAGGAUAAUGCUGCGUUAUUUAUAACGCUGAGACGUUACAGCAUUCUUAGAUAAUGAAUAAAAAAGCCAAAGGAGACAACUCCUGACCAAGCAACCAAUUCAUUAAGCCCAAGCUGCUAAAUCCUUUUCCAAUUUGCAGGAUCUGUCUCUGGGAUGCUGUUGAGUAGGGGCAGAGAGCUCUCCUCCAACCCAACUUACCUUGUAUCCUGUCUCCGCCCACCUCACCUGCCCAGGUAUAAAAGGGGCCACGACACGCGCCGCCCGUUCAGUGUAUACCCAACCGCCGAUUAUUACGAGACACACACACUCUCUCUCUCUCGCCCCCUUCGAAGGACCGCGAACGGUGAAAGGAAUUGUUGUGCACCUCUGGAAUAUGUUGAUGGUCGGUUACUGAGGACCUCAAGAGCUGGAAAAAAAACAGUGACAGGGGAAGAAAAAAAGUGACAGUGACUUUUUUCCCCAAAGGGAAAGAACUUUAUUUUUUUUUCUGGUAAAAAAAAGACAGCUCCCAGAUAGAAUGGACAGUGCCACUAGUGUCGUGUACGAGCAGAUGGUCCACGCCUUCACUGAUGCCUACACGACGGCCCUCUACACGUCCCGCCCGUCGAUGCCUGCCCGCGUGCCCACGCCCGACAGCGACUACAGUUCCCUGAGCCCCUCGUCGGCGCCCCAGAGCCCCUCCGGGUCGGCCUGGUCCGCCUUCACGACGAUGUCGCGGCUGGAGGCGACCCCAGCCUACGGGACCUGCACCGACUACAAACCCCUAUACGCGGAAGCUGCUUUGCCGAAGGCAGCUCCUGGAAAGGCCGCCAUGCUUCCAGCUUCCAGCCCCAGACACAACAGCAGCAGCAGCAGCAUCCCUCACGCGCAGAGGCUAGAGGAGGACGCCAAGCUCUCGACGGACGUCGAAGUCCUCCUCCUCAGCAGCAGCAGCAGCAGCCCGUCUCCAAAGGCCUCCUCCAUCACCACCACCACCACGCCCCUUUCGGCCAUCGAGAACAAACACGAGCUGCACCAGCAGACAGCAGCAGCAGCAGCAGCGUCCAAAAGCAGCUCCUCCUCCUCUUCCUCGUCUUCGAAGGCAGCACGUGGCAACUCCCGCUGCAACAGGAAGCAGCGUGCCGGGCGCGAGGUGACGGAGGUCCUGCGCAGGAAGAGGAGGCUGGCGGCCAACGCCAGGGAGAGGCGCCGCAUGGACAACCUCAACAAGGCGUUCGACAGACUCUGCGCCGUUCUGCCCAAGAUGUACGACGACAGGAAGCUCUCCAAGUACGACACGCUGCAGAUGGCGCAGAUCUACAUCACGACGCUGUCGGAUCUGCUGGUGUAGCUGACGGGGGACUUUUGCGAAAACUGCGUGUGGUUUUUAUUCCCUAAUUCCCCUGCUGCAGGAGACGACGAACGCAAGAGGUCUCCCUCUGCUACAGAAGGAAGCUAAUGAGCACUUCCUUCUACCUAGCAGAUGAGAAGUUUACCUACUGCAGAAGGAAGACGAGAAACCCUUCCUUUUACCAAGCACAUGAGAAGUUUAUCUACUGCAGAAUGAAGACAAGGAACCCUUCCUUCUCCCAAGCAGACGAGAAAUUUACCUACUGCAGAAGGAAGACAAGGAACCCUUCCUCUUACCAAGGGGACCAGAAGUCUCACCUGCUGUAGAAGACAUAUUGUUUUUUUCUUUUUUUCCAAACUUCUUGCUGCAGAAGGCAACCGGCGUUUCCUUUCACCGAGCAAGCAGACAAGACGUCUUGCCUUGCCUACUGCAGGAGAGGCAGCUGAAUGCCAAAAUUAAUUUUGACGAAGUGGAACCACGAGUUUCUACGAGGAAAGGAGACCCACUUCAGAAUCCAGUUCUUCUUCUCAAUAAGCUUAAGCUGCCAGGUUUCACUACCUCUGGUUAAGAGCAAUGCUGGUCUUCCGUUUAACAGUCGAAAAAUUCAUCCCUGGCACUCGGGAGAGAAAGAGAGAAAGAGAGUGCUAAUCAUCCCUCCGUCCUGACUUAUCCUAAUUUUAAGUGUUUGUAAUUAUCUGAACAUUUUUUUGCCACUAGGCAUUUGUAAAUAAUUUGUGCAUUAGCUAGCAAUCUGUAUAAACUGCCGAUCUCAUCCAUUGACCUGUAAAGUACAAGUUUAUUCUGCGCGUGUGCUUGCGCACAUGCUCCCACGAAUACGCACACAUACAUACACGCGCAUUCAUGUGUGUUAUUAUAUUACUUUGAUACCUACAUGACUACGAUCUAAUGUAUUUAUAGAAUAUUUGAAAAGAAAAUGAUUCCCCAAGCGAAACAAAUAAAACGUUCACCCUGUAAUAAAGAGACUAUGUAAACACUUGUAAAAUAUGCUUGUAAAAUGACAUGCUUGUACUUUCAGGAACUUGUAAAAUAUGACGUAAAACAAACCGUAACUUGUAAAAGACAAAACAUUAUGGCUGUGAGCCCAUGUGGAUAUACAUCACUCAUUUCUGUUUGAUCUAUUAUGUUAAAGAGUUUUUCUGUCUCGCGUUGUCAUAAUUUUUUUGCAAUUGCAAAUUGAAAAAAAAUAUUCUGUGCAUUUUUUACCAAAUGAUGACUUACGUGAGAGGUUGGUGUGAAAUGUUAAACGAUGGACUCCUUGAAAAAUGUAAAAUAAAGGUGUUGUAUUGUAAUGAUAAUAUGGCUGUCAUAUUCACCAAUGUUGAUAAUAUAAAUGUUUAAAAAAAAAUCGACGUUUUUGGUUAAAUUAACAUUAAAAAAUCUCAUUCAGCAAUUCUUACUUUAACGAGAUGAUACCUAUAUUAUAUCAAAACUGUAUUUGGAGCUACAUUACGAAAGAUAUUGUAUGCUACUGUAUAUCAUCUUA